UUAAUAAUUUUAAGAAAUUAAUUCCAAAUAUUUUAAAUGGUAUGCUAAAUACUCUGUCGGGGACCGUUCCGCUUCAACGAGUGUGAAUAGUUAUUCCCGUGUCGAGCGUCUCUCUUCCUCUCUCGGGACGAAACAAGUUCAGCCGCGCGGAAGCUUUCACAAAUUAUGCCGCCUACAUAAUCCCGUUCGGUUCGAGUUCUUAUCAACUUUCUUUCCAAUGUCCGGUCUUGCCUGAGCACGCGUGUGGGAUCGGCCAGCUUCAGGAUGAAAAGCGAACUUCGUUAUCUCUGCCUGCUCGUUCUCGUUUCCACGAGCAUCACGGUGAUCAUGGAACCGCAGGAGCACGUCACCCUGGGGAACGAAAACUCUCCGAACUUUGACGAGGCCUUCGGCGUGUGCGUGGCGAAGCGGGAACACGGCACUUUCGAGUGCGUAAACCGCGGUAUUUUGAGCGCCUUGCAGUCUUUAAAUGAUAGGGACAGCCUGGAGUUUGGACACGUACGGCUGGACAGAGCGGAGGGCUACGAGAGGAACCUCCUGGACCUGGACUACGAUCCGAAGGAUUUUGGAAAUGUCCUGAAGGCAGCCGCCACGUUGAUGGAACGCCGAAAUAUCAAGUGGAGUCUGGAUAACUUGUAUCCGGGACUGCAGAUGCACGUUGGACCGAUGUUGAACGGAAACGGCGUGCUGGAAUUCGUGCUUGACGAAAGAGUCGCGUCGUACGGCGACAGGCAGGCCGGCACUGGAAGACAGCUGACCAGGCACCUCCUGCUACCAUUUCUCCUGGGUUUCAAGUUCAAACUGGCUUCCCUGAUCCCGCUCAUGUUCGGCUUCCUGCUGAUCGUCACCAAGAAGGCCCUGUUGCUGACGAAGAUGGCGUUAUUCGUCAGCGGCCUUCUAGGAUGGAACACCUUGUUCUCCAGUGUCACGCCGCCUUACUCGGCGAGCGGGUUCAAUGGCUUUCACGCUUAUGGACAUGAAGUUCCCAACACGUACUCGUAUCACGAUCAUUUCCCGCAGCAGCAGCCCUACAGAACGCUGCAGGACUUCAGCCCUUACGAUCAGCACGUGAUCAGGGAAGUGGUGAACGUUUACGACGGAAACAGCGACUCGGGACAGAGCAGACAGAAGAAAUUCAAUUUAUCGAGCAUUGACCAGCAGCUGACCAGCACCAGCAACCGCAGCAGCAGCAGCAUUAGCAGAGAACGGGAUCAACCACAGACAGGGGAAAGAAGAUCAUUCAUCGAUCAUCACGCGCUGGCUCGACAAUCCGCCGAGGAAGAGGAGACUCAUACGAGCUCGGGAUCUCGUCGAAGUCUCACGAUGAAGUCGGUCUGGUUCACGCGGUUCCUUCAUCUCGCGCUGUUAUGCAAUCUCGCGGCCGGCAAAAGUGAGUUCACCAGGCUGUUCGAGCGGUGCACCAACGAGAAGAACACCUUCGACUGCUUCAAACAGCGCGCCCUGGAGAUCCUCGACUCGGCGAUCCAGGAUAACACCGUGUACAAGCUCAACGAUUACGUAUCGAUCACGAGGGACUCGGCGAGCGCCGCGAGGAGCCAUCAGGGGAUGGAAAACGACACGGAGCUGAGCCUCGACCAGAAGCUGGACAACAAGUUCUACGAGUAUCUGUCGUCGAGAAGUCUGAAGCUCACGAUACCCGGCAACGCUUUCGAAGGAAGGAAAAAGAGGAGGGGUCACGGACAUCUGUUAAUAGCAGCUGCCGUGAUGGCAGGCAUGAUGGCGCAACUAGCUUACGGAAAAAUAGCGUUCCUCGCUGGUACAGCUUUGCUGACGGCGAAAAUGGCUUUGGUCUUGAGCGCAAUUGUCGGUCUGAAGAAGCUCGUGUCAAGCGGAGGAGGUAGUCAUGAGGUAAUCUACGCGACGGCGUCCGAACAUGGAGGUGGCGGCGGAGGUGGUGGUGGAUACGGCGGCUGUGCGAUCGUCCACGGCAACGAGGACGGCGGUAUGCUCGAGCGAGGAUACCGUGCUCUCUAUCGCGUCUACGAGGAGUGUCAGCACCGUAACAUGGCGGUGUCACCGUGCCUGAAGAAGAAGGCGAUCUCCUUCUUCGAGAGACUCGGUCGUAUACAGACGCUGCCGAUUGGCGACAACCUCGAGCUGGUCAGGGUUGCGCCCUUGCCGGACGACAGCUCGAGGAGCUUCUCCGACCUGGAGAAGACCUUGGCGAGGACCAACGGCGGCGCCACGGACGAGAUCCUCAACGACAUCCUGUUCGAGCGCGUGGCCGCGCUGAUGAACAGCUUCAACGUGCAGAUCAGCCUGCCAAAGACCAACUCCGGCGAGCUGAAGCGGAGCGUCGAGGAGGGCCGCGGCAAGAUGAAGAAGAUGAUGGGCAUGAUGAUGAUGGGGAUAGCGAUGAAGCUCGCCGCGCUGGUCCCGAUCGCGAUCGGCGUGCUCUUCCUGCUGGCUGGCAAAGCUCUCAUCAUCAGCAAGAUCGCGUUGGUGCUGUCGCUGAUCAUCGGCUUGAAGAAACUGCUCAGCCAGAAGCAGGGUGGUCAUGACCAUGGUGGCUGGCAGCAGAGCGGAGGAUGGGACAGGAGCCUGAAGAACGUCGUCGGUACACCAGUUCCGUCAAUGACGGAAGCUGAUCGCCAGUACGCGCAGACACUGGCGUACGGCGCGCGGCAGAAGCACUGA